AUGGGCAGCCCCUCCACCCUCGUGCCCUGUUGCAGCCCCUCAAGACCCAAGAUUGCCCCACCAAACUCAUCCCAAAUAUGGCUGGCUGGGCUGGGCGGCCCCCCCGACGCUGCAGCAGCGGCAUCAGCAGCGAGAGCAGCCGGGACUUCAGCUGACAGCCUCCCCCGCCCGCCCGUCCGCGCCGCUUGCGCGAAGCCCGGCUUGCAAGCCCGCCAGGCAGCAGCAGAGCAGCUGUUCCCGCAAAGGCGCCGCCAAAGCAGCCGCCGCCGCGUCCGGGGAGAAGCUCCAGCCCGGCCCUUAAGCAAGCAAGGCCAGCCCGGCCCGGCCCAGCCGGCGCCCGGCAUGAAGAACUUGCAGCUGAUGGAGGCGGAGACGCGCUGGAAGCGCUUCUGCCUCAAGGAGUUGCGCGGCAUCCAGAAGCUGAAGCGCAGGAGCCGGCCGGGCUUGCGCGGCGGAGGAAGCGGCUUGAGGGGGCAGGCGGGGGUCCCGGAGCACGUGCGCAGGGCUUCCCCGCCACCCCGGGGCUUCCCCGAAGGCGGGCGAGGAGCCGGGGGGCUGCCGGGGGUCGAGGCGCCCUUCCCGGCGGCGCUGCGCUGCCAGGGGCCGCUCUUCCCCGAGGAGGAGGAGGAGGAGGCGGAGGAGGCGCCGUCGGCGGGGGUCCCGGAGAGCCCCCUGCCCGCCCUCCCUGCCCGGCUCUUGUAUAACGGCAACGGCAACAGCGGCCCCGAGGGCUCCGCCUCGCCUCGCAAGCGGCCGAGCGAUCCGGCCGGCAGCGGCGGCGGCGGCUCGGAGAUCAAAGCGCUGCAGCAGACUCGGCGGCUGCUGGCCAACGCCCGCGAGCGGACCCGGGUGCACACCAUCAGCGCCGCCUUCGAGGCGCUCCGCAAGCAGGUCCCCUGCUAUUCCUACGGGCAGAAGCUAUCCAAGCUGGCCAUCCUCAGGAUCGCCUGUAACUAUAUCCUCUCCUUGGCUAGACUGGCCGACCUGGAUUACAGCGCGGACCACAGUAACCUGAGCUUCUCGGAAUGCGUGGAGCAAUGCACCCGGACCCUGCAGGCCGAAGGCAGGUCUAAAAAAAGGAAGGAGACGAAAGGAAGAACGCUGCAUUCUGUCCUGUCCAAUUUCCUUUGCUCAAAUGCUGAAUUCCUUCAUGGUCUGAAAAGGGGCCAAGAAAUGGUUUUAGCCGUGACAAUCACCUCAUCAUCAUCCUAAUUGCCUUCAAUAGGCCUUUAAAAUAAACCUUUAAAAAGAAAAAAAAGAUAUUUGACAUUUUUAAUGGGUCGUUUAGUGAAUUUGACAAGUAUAAUUCUCCCUGAGAAGGAAAAAGUUGCAUUCCUCUCUCUCCCCCCUCUUCUCAUCCCUUAAUAACAGGACCGUUUCUGAAAGCUGCCCAAUUUAGCUUUCAUAAUAAGAAGCAUUUUUAUUUACAGCCAAAAGUUCACAAAAAGUGGCCUAUAUCUUAAUCUCACUUGAUUAAAACACCAGGCUAGAAAGCGGGAGACUGGGAGUUCUAGUCCCACCUUAGCCAGGAAAGCCAUCUGGGUGACUUUGGGCGA